UCAUCCCUCGCCUCUCCUCGAGUCAACACACCACAACAUGAAGCUGUUUGUGUUCGCUGCCGUGGUGGCCGUCUGCGCCGCCGCCCCCUCCCAGACGUACGAGGCCCCACAGGUCCGUGCCGCCCUCCAGCCCGUCGCCAAAAUCCUCGAGGAGGACAGCCAGCAUGACGGUCAAGAGGGCUUCAGCUUCCGCUUCGUCUCCGACGACGGCAUCGAGCGGCAGGAGCAGGGCUCGGACGGCGCUGUCACCGGCUCGUACAGCUACACGUCACCGGAGGGCGCUGAGAUUGUCGUGAGCUACGUGGCCGACGCGCUGGGCUUCCGUGCCGAGGGUGCGGCGCUGCCGACGGCCGUGCCCACCGAGUACCCGACGCCCGAGGUGCCGUCGACCGAGGCGGCCCCCGAGGUGCGCACCGUGCAGGGGUACUCAGCUCCGGCCCCCGAGGUGCGCGCCGCCCCGGCCCCCGUCCAGUACGAGAAGGUGCUGGUUGGUUACCAGCCCCGCUACCAGUAAAAAGGAUGAUUUAUAUCUGGUAUACAUCCCCGUAACUGAACACUGCAGCAAGUGCUUGAGGAUCGCCUUUCAUGUGAGCCAUGUGAUACCUCCAUGAAUGCCAAUAUUCUUAUGUGCUUAUGUCUAAAGUGCUUAUGAGCGUCCUGAUGUCCAUGUCCGUGUGUCUUCUGUACUUGCCGAUUUGUAUCGUCUUUUGUCUUUUUGUGUCGUCGUGUUCUGGAAGGCUUUCUUUUGCAUUAUUUAUUAUUAGCAUGUUUGAAGAAAUGUCAACAGCAAAAUAUAC